UUUAGGAUGACUUACCUUAACACAUAAACAGAUAAACUAAAAGGAAAAGCAAAGCACUGCUAUUCUAUUUAUAUUUCAUCCUCUCUUUAUAGAGAAAAAAAGAAAAAGAAAAAGAAAAAGAAAAUGAGUAGCAUUAGCGAAGAAUUGAUGAUUGAUCAACUGGUUCGAGACUAUUAUGAAUCUGAAUCAUCAGCUACACCAUCAAAUUUCCUUUCAUCUUCAAAACCUUUCCAUCAAUCCAUUUUGCAGGAUAUUCUUUUGGAGGCAACUGAUUUUGAGACUCAAAUCCUUGAAAAAGUUUUGAUGUAUAUUAGAAACAUGGGAGAACCCAAUAGUUUAAAGAAAUGGGUCCUGGUAAGGUUGCAAAUGGAUGGUUAUAAAGCUUCUCUUUGCAAGAAUUCUUCGGUUAAUCUUUCCACUUUUGGUCACUCUAAAGUUUUUCAGUUUGCAGGUGAUUAUGAGUAUAUAGAAGUGAUGAUGAUGGAGAAGAAGAAUGGCAAUAAGCUAACAAGGGUUAUAGUGGAUAUGGAUUUUAGGUCUCAAUUUGAGUUGGCAAGGCCUACACAAACCUAUAAAGAACUUAUCAAUACUACUGUUCCUUCAAUCUUUGUUGGAACUGAAGAUAGGGUUAAAAGGACAAUAUCUAUUUUAUGUUCAGCUGCAAAAGAUUCAUUUAAAGAGAAAGGUCUACAUUUUCCUCCUUGGAGAAAAGCAAAGCACAUGCAAUUAAAAUGGUUUUCCAAGAAUUGCAAGAAAAUCUCUGACUUGUCCAGUACUGAAAUGGGUAUGGAAGAAGAUGUGGAGAAAGAUAAUAUUAAUACUACCGUUACUGCUAAAUGUUGCCCUUCCAUAUUUUAGUUGAAGGCCUCCUGCAAUUAUGAUGCUUUGUUAGAGAAGGAGAGAUCUAGAGAGAGAGAGAGAUGGGUUUUGGCUUGUUCAACUCAACGCAAUUUUGUUUGAUUUGGUUUGCUUUUCAUUUCUAUUUUCAUAACUUGAUUUUGGGUCAAUUUUAUUUUGGAAGACCUAAUUAAGUUUUUUUUUUUUUUUUUUUUUUUUCCU